AUGCCCUGCUCGAAAGCGACCCCCGACACCACCUCUCCCAGCAAGUGGGCUCGGCCUGCGCAGCAUGAGGAGGAGAGCCCCAUGUGCCUCCACUUCGCCCGCCUCUCUGAGCAUGCCAUGGCCCACUCCAAGGGGUUGGCGCCGGCUGCGGGCCAUGACCUGUACAGUGCCUGUGAUUAUACACCAGCCAUGGAGAAAGCCCUUGUAAGAACAGACAUUCAGAUCUCUCUCCCUCCUGGGUGUUAUGGUAGAGUUGCUCCACAUUCUGGAUCGGCUGCAAAACAUUUCAUAGAUGUGGGAGCUGAUGUCAUAGAUGAAGAUUACAGAGGAAAUGUUGGUGUUGUACUAUUUAACUUUGGCAAAGAAACAUUUAAAUUGAAAAAAGGUAACCGGAUUGCACAGCUGAUUUGUGAACGGGUUUUUUAUCCAGAACUUGAAGAAGUCCAAGGCUUAGAUGACACUGAACAUGGAGCAGGAGGUUUUGGUUCGACUGGUCAGAACUAAAAUUAUA